GUCAGCGUCUGCCUCCUCGACGCGGAAGACUCCCUUCUCUCAUUAAUUACACGAGCUGGGCGCUAAGGGAAAGUUCACCGACUGAAGGAGUUGACGUCCACCAUGGCUACGUGUCGCUUUGGCCAGCACAUCAUAAAGUCGUCGGCUGUGUUUUUGAAGACGGAGUUGUCCUUCGCUCUAGUCAACCGAAAGCCGGUCGUCCCUGGCCAUGUUCUAGUUUGUCCCCUUCGUGUUGUCGAGAGAUUUCGAGACCUUCGUCCUGACGAGGUGGCCGAUCUGUUCACGACCACACAGAGAAUAGCUAACGUGAUCGAGAAACACUUCCGGGCGUCGUCCCUCACCAUCGCCAUACAGGACGGACCUGAGGCGGGACAGACGGUGAAGCAUGUCCAUGUUCACGUGCUGCCGAGGAAGACUGGAGACUUCGAGAAGAAUGACAGCAUCUAUGACGAGCUCCAGAAACACGACCGGGAAAGCGAGGAUGUUCCUUCCAAAUGGAGAUCAGAAGAGGAGAUGGCCAAAGAGGCUACAGAAUUGCGCAGCCUCUUCAACUAGCUUCCUUAGCUAGGGGUCGAAGACAUGAAGAUGGGGGACUUCAUCAAGUUGAUAUAUGUUCUUAUCUAUCUUUUAUUCAAAUAAAAAUUUGAUUUAAUUUCUGUAUGUUUUUUUCUUUUGUAAACACACCUGAAAGCUCUGUAAAUGUAAAGUGUUUACUUGCUUGUAAACUGUAUGCUGAAAAGUACAAAAUCUGUAAGUAAAUCUUUACAGAACCAAAAGCCCAUUCGUUAUGAGCCAUUAUCAGCUUUAUUCUGUAAAGAAGCUAAAAUAAGAUUUAACACAAAGGUCAAGCUGUGAUGUGUGAAUAGUAUGCUGUCUGCUGUAACAUAAAGUCAAUUUAAACCAGUUUAGUCCUUGUAAGCACACGUUUUGGUCAUCUAAAAACACCAAACCGCUACACUUGCAUGAGUCCCAAGCUUUUACAAAUGUCCAUACAGCUAAUGAAACUACAGAAGUUACACUCAGAUUUAAGCUUUGAUGCCUGAAUUGCCAGAAAAUGCUUUAAAUGAAAUCUAUUCACGCAAAUACUGAAAACCGACACGGCAAUCUGAAGUAACCUUAAUAGGGCGUCUAGAAUAAUCAUGUUAAAUAAACAUGGCGUUGAGUUUGCGAUAAAUAAGCCUUUAUUGUUGGAGUGCGGCGUUAGUUACCCGACCCGCAGUCUCAGCGCUGGAAACUAUUAUGAGUUUUAUCAUUUUAUCAAUGUGGAAAUAAAAUGGUCUUGACUGGCCCUUUACUCAUCUGGAAAAGGAAAUACAAUUCUGACAGAGUAAUGUGUACCAGCCCAUAGCCCUUUCAGAGUAAUCAAGUUGUAAAAAGGCCCAUGAAUUUUAAACAAUAUCAUUAUCCACAAGGGAUUCCUUUAAGAUAUGUGUAUGAGAGUUUGAACUGUGGACGAAUCUAUCACAACUUGCAAAACAGAGAUAAAAAUUUGCCUAGUUUAACACCAACAGGAAAGUCACACAUUACCAAUGAAGUUUGUUGUCGGUGUUUCAAUGUAAAUGGAUUAAUUUGUCAGCUGAAAAUGCAGGUUAAGCUGGUCGUAACUGCUUUAACUCUUUACCCUGUUGAAAAAAAACAGCAUAGAGGGGCACGGGGCACAACCUAACAAUUGAAUUUCUCAGUUUGUGUAAAUCCAUGUGGGGUUCAGAGUAGAAUUUUCUUAUCCACAUUAAUUUUACACUUGUCUUGUACAAAUAUGUCGCUUUGUUUCAUAAUUACAGUGUAUACGUUUUUUCAAAAGAAAGGAAGUGAUAUGUGACAACAUGCCCUGUAUGUGGGGUACAUUGUAACAUGUGAGUGGCACGUUGUAACAUGACCGUAUGACCGCUUAAAAUGUUGUCUGAUCGAAUAAAAAAAAUAUACACGACAACCUAAAAUGUUUUGUCAAUAAAAUAAAA